CCGGGACGUUCACUGCCUUCACAACGAGCGCGGCGGCGCCAUCAGUGAAUUAUUGUUACCCGAGGGGCCGAAGUGAAUAUUUUGUCCCACUCAAAAUUGCGCCAUUUCUAUUCUCGCUCUCCACUCUCCACUCUCCACCAAUCUCAUCGAUGCGCCGCGACGGAGUAGUCUUCCAAGAAGAAGGCGGAGAAGGAUGGCAGAUGGAGUUGUUCGACGAAGAUGCUGACGAGGAUCGUGAGAUGGCCGGGUGCGGGAAGGGGCACCGGCCGUCGAUGUCGGUUGCGACGUCCGAGGGCGGCGUGAUCUGCCUCGCUUGCCUCUCAGCGCUGCUCUCCGAUCCACGCGCCCUCACUCACCACGUGUCCUACGCCCUCUCUCAGCUGUCCACCGCAAUCCGUUGCCCCGACUUCGUUCGCCGCCUGGCCGGCCGUCAGCCUCACCUUAUCGUGUCCCCCCUUGUGCGGGCGCUCGCAUCCUUCGAUGACGAGCCUCUCGCACGCCAGUUGAUCGACCUUGUCUCCGAUCUUUCCGAGUGCGGACUUCCCCGCUCCGUGUUUGGGGAUUUUGUCUCUCGCGUCUCGGAUUUCAUCUCAUCAGGCGGGCUUGCUUGGAGCCGACGGCAAUUCUUCAUGCUGCAUUGCUUGGGAGUGUUGCUUAAUUCUCGCCAGGACUGUAACCCAGCAGCCCAUAUUAGAGAUAAGGCCGCCCUUUUCUCAAUACUUGUCACGGGUCUUCAGUUGCCAAGUGAAGAGAUUCGGGGGGAGAUCCUGUUUGUGCUUUAUAAGAUGUUUCUUCAACAGGUUAUGCCAUGGACUGAUGAGAGCAACUCUGAACAUGAUUACUCAUUAAAAGAAGAAUCAUUACUGAAACUUGCGCUUGAAACUUUGCUCAAGGCCCAAAAGGACGAUGUUCGCACAAAUUGCAUAGCAUUGCUUUUGGUGUUAGCUCAGCGGGGUGUUUUCGAGAACUUGUUUGGAAAUAGCCGAUUGCUUAGUUUGAACAGUGAAAGGGUUAAGCCAAUGAAAGAAGAUGGAUUGCUCCUGUCUUCAUCUCUUGUUGACAUGUUUGCUGAUGCUAUUAAAGGUCCUCUGCUUUCUUCUGAUAUCCAAUUGCAAACUAACACCUUGGACUUGAUCUUUCACACUGUCUCAUCUGGUUUUAGUUCUGUGAAACAAAUUCAAGCUCUAAUUGAAAAGGACAUUGCAGAUUAUGUUUUUGAAGUACUCAGAUUGUCAGGAAACCAAGAUUCUGUCAUCAUUUCUUGCCUUCAUAUUCUUGAUAUUUUAGCAACUGCUGAUGAAGCCUUUGUACAUAGACUUGCAGUAGGUUUUAAUAUAUUGCUUCCAGUCUUACGGUAUGUAAUUGAGAUACCUCUCCAUCCAGCUCAAAAUCAUGCUCUAAAACUUGUUUGGACUUGCAUCACACAUUGCCCAGGAAUUAUGUCCAUUUCUCAAGUAGAGGAAUUAGCAGGGAUCUUGGCACAACUUUUCAAAAGGAAAGCUACAGUUGAGCUUCCUAUUGUUUCUGAAGCUUUCACCUUGGCCUGCUUGACAUUUGUGGAGCUUCUUAAAUCACCAUCUUCCUGCAAUAUAAAUCAAUUAGCACCCUUGAUACAAGAGGCAUCUAGAAAUGCCAUCAUUUCAUCUAUUUCAUCUCAGGAAGAUUCAGUCAUAUUUUUAUACUCACUCUACCUCGUAAAAGAAUUGUACUCGUCUAUUGUUGAAGAAUGUUCCAUAACAUGUGCUAAACAGGAACUGGAGAAGCAGAUUACUGAAACUUGUGAAAAAUAUCUACUACCUUGGCUUGCAAGAGUCAUUGAUGAAAUGCAAGAUGAGGAAAUCGUACUGGGUAUUCUUGAAACUUUUCAUCUAAUAUUACUAAAAGGUUCUGAAAUUGUAGCCCGAUGUUUUGCUGAAUUUUUGGUUUCAUCAUCUUGGUUCAGUUUAGCAUUUGGUUGUUUGGGAUUCUUUCCCACAGCGAAGAUGAAAACAAGAAUAUAUAUGAUGCUAAGUUCAGUUAUUGAUCUACUUUUAGGCCCUGAUCUUGGGGAACCUAUCAGAGAUUGCUAUCUCAAUCUUCCUUGCGAUCCUCUAGAACUGAUAUAUCUACUUGGUCAGAGCAACUUACAAGAUUCAUUUCUUGCUAGCUGUCAGAGUGCUGUUCUUAUGUUGCUAUAUGUCAGCUCAUUAUAUGAUGAUAGGCUUACUGAUGGGAGUCAAUUAUUGGCUUCUUUGGAGCAAUAUAUUCUUGUUAACUACAAUAACUUGUCAUCUGGAGCUACUCAUCCUAUGAUAGGUUCUCAGUUGGUGCAUCUUUAUGCUCUUGUCAGAAGUGAUACAUUGAACUAUAAAAUACCAUACAGUGCAGAGGUAGAAAAGUCUAUCUUCAAUUUGAUAGCUCAAAUGAAUUGGGAUUUGCUCUCUAUAGACCUACAUCCAAGAGCAUUAAAAUGGCUUUUCCAGCAGGAAGAAAUCUCGACACCACUCUCUUUCCUGAUCUUGAAUGUCUGCCGAUCAUAUAGCACAAACAAGGAUCAAAUUUGUCUGCGAGCAAAUUCUAUUAAACUACUAGAUAUCCAGAUGAUAGCAGAACUAAUAGUUUCUGGAGAUAACUUUGUUAUCCAAUUGAUGCUAUCAUUACUAGUAGAAGGGUUAGAAGAAGACAGGAAAAAUGAUAUAGUACAUUUGAUAACUGCCAUGACAGACAUCCUAAAUAUCUUUCCUAGGGCAUCUAAUGAGUUCAUUUUGCAUGGCAUUGCUGAAACACUCCGGAAGGUCUUUUACUCUGUAUACUUCAAUCAGAUUGAAACCUGCAGCCUCUUAAUUUUCAAUGUCCUUUAUUUGGCAGAUCAUGCAGCUCUUUGCCAAGAUGAAGAUUGGCGUGGAAUCAUACUGAAGUUGCUUGAGCAUUUGAAGGCUAAAUUAACUUCCUCCACGUUUGGCCAAGAAGAGAUCCUGAUAAUUGCUAUUUUUAGUCUCAUCCUGCACUAUUCCACCAGACAAAUACUUGUGGAAGCAUCAAAAGCUAUACUACUGGACAAGUCACUAGCCUUGGCGCUUGAGAGAAUUGUACAUACAUCAUGUGGAAAAGGUCCGACAUUAGUUUCUUGUGAUGAGGAUACGCCAGCAGGAGAGACCUUAAUUUUUGUUCUUUUACUAUAUUUUUUCACUUUGAGAAGUUCUCAUAUCAUUUUCUCGGGAGCUAUGAAUUGGCAGGAGUUUUUUCAAUCAUCUGAUGAAGUUCAUGGAUCAUCAGUCUUCUGUAUCAAAUGUCAUGAUAUAUGUAGGCUGUUGCACUUCGGACCUACAGUUGUGAAGUUGGUUUCUUCACAUUGUCUGAUGGAGCUGCUGACCAGAAUUUCGGAUCAGAGGGGAAAAAGUAAUAAUAAUCUAAAGUUAUCUAUGAAAUAUCUAGAAUCUAUUAUGACUGUUACAGAAGGCUUGCUUUUCUAUGAAGACUUUUCAACUGCCACAGCUUGUCGUGUUUGUCUUUCAAGACUUUUAGGGUGGGAAAAGUUGGGGGUGCUGGAGAAGAAGGUGAUCAGAAAUUCCAGAUGGUUUAGGAUUAUCAUGGAGGAAUUAGCAAUGGCUUUAGCUGCACCUAGUUUAGCAUCAAGAUCUUUCAUAAAUCAACACAAGCCUGCAGCUCAUGUCGCCAUCAUUUUACUCCAACUGAAUGAAUCACCUCCAUGGUUGAACUCAGUGUUCAGUAGUUCAUGUAUCUCUGGGAUACUUGGCAACCUUUCAGCAUGUAAUUUGACGCCAGAUAUGGUUAAGCUUUUUAAGGAAUUGACUAUAAGGAAAUAUAUGAACAAAGAGCAGGUCGAUACUAUUCAUCACUUGUUCCAGGUUUGCAGAAAGCAAGUAUACACAGAUAGCUUUGGAGAGCAGACUCCGAAGGAGGAUCUUCCCAAAGCAAUAAAAAACCAUGACGAUAUGGGUGAUAUCUGCAAUGUGCUUAUCCAACUUAUGCUGUCGUCGAAUAAGUACUGCAAUGAGAGUAAGCCAGAGCAUGAAAAGUUGUUAGAAGAAAUAGAUAUGUUCUUUCAAAUUUCAACUACCGUCAUGGAAUAGAUUCCAGGUCAGCCUCUCCGUUUUUCUUGUUUCUUUGUUUGUAGAUUGCAAGUUCCCUCACUAACCUUGUUUGUCACAUUAGGCAACCAUAGAGAAUCUUGUCUUUGACGCAAAGAUCUAAUUUUUCUUUCCUUUUGAAGAAAACAAAAAUGUGUAGAGGAAGCAUGGUAAUUUUUAUCAUCAUACCCAUAAAUUAUACGGACCUACAUCACUUUUGUCUUUUUUUUAAAAAAAGAAAAAGUGUUAGAAGCGCAAUCAUAAAAGUUAUUGUUUUAGAUUUCAUCUAAUGUGAUACGAAAUCUAAUGCUCAUGUGAUCGAUCUCCCCUCUCUCACCCUUCGGCAAUCUUGUCUGACAUCCGUCCAUGGCAUCUCUGGCACGCUUCAUCUCCGGCGCGUCCUCUCCAACUAGUCCUUCAUGAGUUCUCCGGCGUUCCUUCGCGUGCCCUCGACGGUGACGUCCUUAGCCUUGUCUCUAGUGGCCCCAGCCUUGUCUCUGUCCUUAGCACUCUCUUUGGCGUUCCUAAGUCAUUGGUUCUCUUCGAUGUCUGUGAGUUAGUGUGCCUGAGCUCCUUCUCUUCGGAAUUCAGCUUCUCUCCUGCGUUGUCAUUGUGCCCUAGCUCUCCGCCAUCCACGAUCACUCCUUCGAGCGUCGUUUGUUCGCUCCUCUCCAUCACAAGGUAAAACUUUCUCCUUCGAGGUCGUGUAUUCUUGCAAGGCUGUGUAUUCUUGCAAGGCUGCCUAUGAUCUCGCAUUGCGCUUGUAGGCUGGAUUUGCUUCUAAGGCUAUUGUGCUUUCGAACCCACUGUGCUAGUGAGCCUCGCUAACCUUGUAGUGUCAUUUAAUGAUAUUAUGUGUAUGUUCCAUGUAUAUUUGGAUUUUUAGAACAA